AUGCUUCAUGAAAGAGAAUACAUCUCUAUUUUCAUUCUCUUCAUGGUAGCCACUUGUUUCCUACCAACCAUAAUAGCUGACACAGAUGCUCAAAUUCUAAUGAACUUCAAAAGCUUCUUAUCCAAUGCAGAAGCUUUAAACAAUUGGAGUAAUGAUUCUACUAAUGUGUGCACAUGGAUUGGCUUAAUAUGCAUCAAUCAAACAACACUUCAUGGUUUGAGACUAGAGAAUAUGGGACUAAGUGGAACAAUUAACAUAGACAUUCUUAUGAAAUUGUCCACUUUGAAGAGUUUUAGUGUCAUUAAUAAUAGUUUUGAGGGUCAAAUUCCUGCAUUCAAUAGAAUUGUGGGAUUAAGGGCAUUGUUUCUGACUAAUAACAAAUUCUCUGGUGAAAUUCCUAAUGAUGCUUUUGAUGAGUUAAGAUGGCUUAGGAGAUUGUUCUUAGCAGGAAAUGGAUUUCAGGGUCAUAUACCUAUAUCACUUGCUAAAUUGCCUAGACUUUAUGAUGUUGAUUUACAUGGAAAUAGAUUUGAUGGUUCUAUACCUGAAUUUGUACAGAAUGGUUUCAGAGUGUUUGAUUUAUCUAACAAUCAAUUGAUGGGUGCAAUACCAGAAGGUUUAAGAAAUGAAAAUCCAAGUGCUUUUGCAGGCAACAAAGAUCUAUGUGGAAUUCCUCUAAACCGCACCUGCAGCAAAAGCACCGUAAGUGUUCCACAUGAAGAAGGAAAAGAAGAAAAUAAAAACCGCCAUGUUCUUAUUAGUAUUAUUGCAUUUGUGGCAGUGCUUGUAUUGGUUUUAAUACUAGCACUUUUAUUCAUCCGCUACCGCCGGAAGAAAACUGCAGCAAAAUCCAUUUCUAAUAAUGAGAAUGGACAAUCACAGUCCCAGAACACCAAAGCUAGUACAGCUUCCACUAGUGAGGACAAAUCCAUUGUAGCUGAAUCCAAGAAAAGCAAAGAUGAAGACUUGAUAUUCGUUACGAACGAAAGGGUUGAGUUUGAUUUGCAGGAUUUGUUAAGAGCUUCAGCUGAGGUUUUGGGAAGUGGAAGUUUUGGUUCAACAUACAAGGCUAUGGUGUUGACUGGACCAGUUGUGGUGGUGAAGAGAUUUAAGCACAUGAACAAAGUUGGUAAAAAAGAGUUCUUUGAUCAUAUGAAAAGGCUUGGAGGAUUGACACAUCCUAAUCUACUUCCUCUCGUCGCAUUCUACUAUGGAAAAGAAGAGAAGCUUUUGAUACAUGAUUUUGCAGAAAAUGGUAGCUUGGCUAGUCAUCUUCACGGUAAACAUGGGUGUGAUUUGGAUUGGCCAACACGUUUGAAGAUAAUAAAAGGUGUAGCUAGAGGUUUAGCAUAUCUUUACAGAGAGUUUCCAGACGAAAAGUUACCACAUGGACAUCUAAAAUCCUCCAACGUUGUGUUAGACCAUUCAUUCGAGCCUCGUUUAACCGAGUAUGGACUAGUCGCGGUAACUGAUUUGAAACAUGCUCAACAAUUCAUGGUAGGCUUCAAGUCCCCGGAGGCGAGUCAAAACGAAGGGCCGAGCGAGAAGAGUGAUGUAUGGUGUUUAGGGAUACUGAUACUAGAGCUUUUGACAGGGAAGUUUCCUGCAAAUUAUUUGAGGCAUGGGAAGGGAGCGACUGAGGAUUUAGCAAUGUGGGUGGAGUCUAUAGUGAGGGAAGGAUGGAGUGGAGAAGUGUUGGAUAAAAGCAUUGGUGGGAGUAGGGAUAAGGAAGGUGAGAUGUUGAAGUUGAUGAGGAUUGGGAUGAGUUGUUGUGAAUGGAGUUUGGAGAAUAGGUUUGGUUGGAGAGAGGCAGUGGCAAAGAUUGAGGAGUUGAAGGAAAUGGAUAGUGUUGAGGUUGGAGUUGAGAGUCAGAACUCUGAUUUGUCUAUGUGA